AUGUUGUGCGGCUCGCGAGUGAUGCUCGCCCGGUCGGCGGUGGCGUUCUUCAAUAUGAAGCACUUCCAGGCCAAAAAGAAGUACAAUCUUACUCCCCAGAACACCUAUGAGACGCUCUCCACCGUGCUGUCGCCCCGUGACCGACUGCUGCGUCAGUCGGUUUCUGGCAGUGGUGGUUCUCGUGUGCUGGUGCUGGAUACUCAGCAGAGGGUGAAGGGGGUUUACCUUCCCGUCUUUUGCAUGCCACACCCCUCCACCAUCGCCAAGGGAACCAACUCCCUGGGUGUGGAGGUUGCUGAGUACACGCGUUUUAUUGAGGCGACAUCUGCGGCGUGCAAAGCAGGCGGCGGCGACACUGAGUCAACGUUGCCGACUGUGCUCGUGGUAAUGUCCCAUCCCCAAGGACUCGCCUACGGUACUUUUCGAGCAGACGGCACACCAGGUGUACCCAUGAAGAACCUUGCACUGGGGUCGAUUCUUGCCGAUCCGAAGACACAGCAAGAGGCAGUGACCAUUGCCUCUGCCACUCUUAAGACCUCUGGAUUGGGCACCGUUAUGCCUCUGCUGCAGGUGCCCUACGGACAUGCGGAGGCCGUCCGCGAUAUAUACAAGGAGCUGAAUGAGUGUAAGCACGCCGCCGAGCUAGCGACCUGCUCUACCUUCGUUUGGGUUCAAAGGGACAGCGAGUCGUCGACUUCGUUUAAAGUGGCGCGAUCCUCUGAGGAGUACUGGGCACGCGCGCGAAGCGAGGGGGAAAGCGGUGCUGCACCGGUGCCAGGUCCUAUCUCGUUUCUAGACCGCCGCUGGGUCUUACUGACGGACGUUGUCCUUCGCCCUGAUCAUGGGUUAGGUCUUUAUGGGCGCGAUCUCGCCACAGGCCAUCGCAUUGUUGAUCCUAUUGGGUUGCAGUCUGCCCUUUGUAGAGGCUCCCUCCUGCUCGAUCACAUUCCACGCACCGUGAUUGACACAACUAGAGACACCGCUACCGGCACGGGGGCAAAUGGUUGA